UUCCGCUGAAAACAACACCACGUGUGUGUGUGUUGAAUGAAUGGGGUUAGCUGUCAGCGCCGUCCUCCUGCAACCAACCGCCCGAUCCGCCCGUUGACCGUCGACCGUCCAACGGCUGUCUCCGUUUGAACCUCACACCUCACGAGACGACUCCCGGUGCUCACCAUGAGUUUUGUGGAGUACUCAGACCUCAUUCAGGACGGUGACGUCGCCAUCGUCUACCUGGGUCAUGAAUCCAUGAUGCCUGUCAAGGUCAAACAGGGCGCCCAAACGCAGACGCGCUAUGGAGUCAUUCGCCACUCCUCGGACCUGAUCGGUCAGCGCUACGGGUCAAAGGUCACCUGCAGCAAAGGCGGGUGGGUGUACGUGCUUCACCCAACGCCGGAGCUGUGGACAGUCACCCUGCCGCACCGCACUCAGAUCCUCUACACCACCGACAUCGCCACCAUCACCAUGAUGCUGGAGCUGAAGCCGGGGUCCGUCGUCUGCGAGUCAGGGACCGGUAGCGGCUCGCUCUCCCACGCCAUCCUGCGCUCCAUCGCCCCCACGGGUCACCUGCACACGGUGGAGUUCCACGAGCAGCGGGCGGAGAAGGCGGCGGAGGAGUUCAAGGAGCACCGCGUGGAUCGCCUGGUCACCGUCAGGAACCAGGACGUGUGCAAGGACGGCUUCGGGGUGACCGGGGUGGCGGACGCCGUCUUCCUGGACAUCCCGAGCCCAUGGGAGGCGGUGAAACACGCCAAGACCGCCAUGAAGAGACAAGGAGGUCGGGUGUGUUCGUUCUCUCCGUGCAUCGAGCAGGUUCAGAAGACGUGUGAGGCGCUGGCGGAUCAGGGUUUUGAGGAGAUCAGCACCCUGGAGGUCCUGCUGAGAGUCCACGACGUGCGAACAGUCUACAUGCCGCUGCCGGACUUCGGCCCCGACCCGUCGGCUCAGACUCAAACCGACGCCCCCGAGCAUCCGCCUCAGACCUCCAUCAGCCUGAAGACCACGACCCUGCCCAGAGAAAUCCCAGGACACACAGGGUACCUCACCUUCGCCACCAAACCAAGAACCUAAAGUGAUUUUUCUUUAUAUUUUUCCGCUCCAGUAAACAGGGUUGUGGUUUAUAAUCUGUACUCUGUGUAUUUUUCCAUGAACAUUAAUAAGACUGUGAUAAUCCAGCGGGGCCACCAGGCUCCUCCAGGUCCCGAUUGGCACCGCAGCACCACGAGGAUUUACAGUUUUUGCGUUACAUAAUUUUAUCCUCCUGUCACUUGGCACCGGUUUGUUGCUUGCAUCAAGCAAGAGUGAAAAAUCAAGUUGAUUCCAUUUGAGAAGAGUAUACUAAACUAUGCUUUGUCUCCCCUUUUAUAAGAAAAACCUGUUUUUAAUCAAUUAUUUCAGUUGUUUGUGGAACAAAUAUAUAUUUUUUUCCUUUUUCUUUGCUCUUUGUAUUCAAGUAAAUACAAUAAAU